AUCGUCGCCGAGGGCCCGUGGAUCCCGAGAGACCGUGGUCGCUGAAGGGCCAACACCUGUCCUAAGGGGGUCCCCCGAGGGGCUUCUCCGACUAGGAGCCGACUGCCUGCCAAGGCUUGGCCGACGCAGAGGUGGGUGGCGUGGGCGGGAGCCCAGGACCGCCCCCAGACAGAACUCAGUCACGCUGAUUUCUGCCUCCCAAAAUGGAAGAAGACCUUGGCCCGUUCUCUGAGGAAGAGAUGAACGAGGGCCUCAUUUUGGACAACAAUAUUGAAGGCUCGGGUGGAGUAGAGGGUCUAGAGUUCGAGGCUGGAACCCCUCCCCACGAAGCAGCGAGCUGUGAUGCUGGACUGGAACUCUGCUGCCCAGAGAGAGAACAGAAUGUGGGUGCCAAGAAAGCAGCCCACAGAGACCGAGACCGAGCCCAAGCGCUACGCCUGAGAAGGGACCUGGUCUACCUCGACACGGUGCACAACGAGAAAGAGCUUGCCCUUCAGAAAGCGAGAGAGGAGCUACGUGCUUGCCGUCACCGGAUCAGUCUCAUCAGCAGGCAGCAGGCGGCCGUGGUGACUGAGGCAGCCCAGGAGAAGGAAGCCAACAACGUGGCCGCCGUGGGGCGCCUCCAGGCCACCUCCAACCGCCUGUGUGCUGAGCUGGAAAACGAGAGGAACCUGGAGUGCAGCAUCAUCUCAACGCUGCGGGAGCAGGAGAAAUCCAUGUGGCACAUCGAGAUCCUGGAAGGGCAGCUGGGGGCCUCCCGCAAGGCCCUGGAGGAAGAGGAGGAGGCUGAAAGGAGGCGCCUCCAGGAGCGAGCAGCCCAGAGGCUCAAAGAGGAGAAGGCGACCCUCCGGAAGGCCAAGAGGAGCCAGCUGCUGAGGAACCGCAAGUCCACGCUCUCCCAGAAGGAGCUCGGAAUCCGGCACCAGAAGCUCGUGGAAGAUGCCCAGAAGAGCCACAGGAUCGCCAUCAAGUUCCUGAAGGCCUCUCUGGGCAGAAUCCGGGAGCAGGAGCAGAAGGCGGAGACGGAGUCCCGGGAACACCUGAAGAGGCGCAUGGACGCCGUGCUGGCGCUGAAGAACAGCAUCACCGCCAACCGGGAGACACUCCGGAAGUUCCAGGCAUGGGGUCAGGCCCGGGCUGAGCUGGCCAAGCAGAAGACCCAGGCAGAGAAGGAGGCCAUCCUGGCCCAAGGCGGGGAUGCCUUCAAGCAGCUUUUCCAUCAGCGCCGGCGCCAGGAGCUGGAGGCUCAGAAACGGGCCUCGGAGGAGGAGCAGAAGCAGCGGAGGCUGGAGAUUAUGAACCGACUUUGGAAGGAGGAGGUCGAGAACAGGAGGAGGAAGCCACCGGCCCCUGCUCAGGCCACAGGUCAACGCACGCUGAGGGACAAGACCUGGUGUUAUGUGGCUGACUUCAUUGAUGGCAUGGCCACCACAGCCCCCUCACACCCGCACCAGCCUGCCAGCCGGCCCCACUCAUCGGCACCCGCAGCCCUGAUGUCCCCACAGGACCCCACCAAGAAUGCCGAGUAUUCGGUGCUGUUCCCUAAAGUCCACCCGCUCCUGCAAACCAUCUCCAGUGAAUCCAUGCAGAGUGAGCUCGGGGUCUACGCCAAGCCGGAGGAGGAGACGCUGGCCAAACCAGAAAUCCCGGGACUCUGGGAUGAAGACUACAAGCCAUACCAGGUGCCUAAGGACGAUGUGGACCGGAAGCCCGUAGGUGGGACCAAGAUGGACAAGGACAUCCUGGCCCGCACCAUGGAGCAGCUGCGGAGUGGGGUGAUACACAAGCAGGUGGUGUCUGGGCGUGAGUUCAAAGGUCGCCCCUUCAACAGCAAGCCUGAGCUCAUUCACUUCAAGUAUGCGCCCUGGCCCUAUGCCUGCAGGUUUGAUCCCCCGGGUCCCAUGUCAGCUGGGAUGUCCUGCGAAGUACUUGUCACCUUCAAACCUAUGAUCAAUAAAGAUCUGGAAGGCAGCGUCUCUUUUUUGGCUCAGACGGGUGGAUUUUCUGUUCCGCUGAUAUGUUCAGCCAAGAAAUGCUCUCUGUCCCUUGAUAAGAACCUCAUUGACUUUGGCUGCUAUGUGGUGGGUGAGACCGCAUCCCGGGUCCUCACCCUGACUAACGUCGGUGGUCUGGGCACAGAAUUCAAAUUCCAGCACGCAGCUGAAUCCUGCGACCAGGUCCCCUCCAUGCACACGAGCAGCAUCAUCGAGUAUGAAGACAAAAAUCUGUACGACAAACCCCUGCCCAGCAUCUCUGAGAACCUGUUUGAGGGGAAUGAAUCUUCACCUGUUGAGACAAGGAAGACAGAGAGCAAAGAGAUGGAGGAGGUGCGCCACACAGGGUUGUCAAGUGAGAGGAUGCUCUCUCCACGUCUACCAGGAAGACCAGUGAAGAUGACUGGGGUUCCAGCUUAUACCCCAACCACUAAAGCCAAAGGCAAAGAAACGGAAUGUUUCUACCCAUUUCUGCAGUCUGAAAUGGACCAAACAUGCCAUCAGAAGAUGCAUUGGAACGGCGUGUCGUGCUCCAUAAGGAAAGGGUGGGGCUACCAGAGAGGCGGACCAGAGGACGUGAUGUCCAGGAUUCCCAUCUGCCUGGACAAAGAGAUCUGUGAACCAGAGUCCGAGGGAAUCACAAUGACCACCAUCACGGAGGUGCCUCCCUCUGAGGAGGAGAUGGAGAUCCAGUUGGGAGAGGUAACCGAAGGUGUAAUCGGCCCCUUCAGCUCCAUCAAAGUGCCCAUCAUCUUCACCCCGAGCAUCCCAGGGGAGAUCCAAAACAGGUUCAAGGUCACAUUUAAGAAUCCCCAGUGCCCCACGCUGUAUUUCAAAGUCAUUGGCGUAGCCAUCGAUGUGCCCGUCUGGAUGCCCAAGCCCAACGUGGACCUGAAGAUCUGCAUGUACGACCGGCUGUACCAGGACACGGUGCUGGUGCAAACGCGGUCCAAGGUGGCCCUGCGGCUCCGGUUCGAGGUGUGCAAGGAGCUGCAAGCCCACAUGGAGCUGCUGCCCGAGACGGGCUACAUCCAGGCCAUGUCGUCCUACUCGGUGCAGCUCAAGUUCCUGCCUCGACACUCCCUCCCAAAAGACGCAGAGAUGUACUUUGACAAAGAGACCCGAGUCCUGGAGGCCCCAAUGACCAUCUGGGUGGCUGACCAGGUCAAGCCCGUGGAGUUCACCGUCCAGGCCAUCAUCACGACCUCGGACUUGGAGAUCAGCCCCUCGGAGGUAGAUUUUGGCCAUUGCACCAUCUACGAGGCUAUUAGGACCAAGAUCACCCUCCACAACCACUCCCUCCUGCUCCAGGAGUUUGGAUUCCUCGGACUCCCCAAGUUCGUGGACAUUCAGCCCAAUGAUGGGUUUGGGAAGAUCUUGCCACUGGAGAGUCUACAACUUGACGUGAUCUUCCAGCCCACCAAAGCCAAGGAGUACAGCUUCGAGCUGGUCUGCAAAACAGAGAUUAACAGGGAGUUCAAGCUCUCUUGCCGGGCUGUGGGGGUCCACCCACCCCUGGAGCUGUCCCACUACCAAAUCAAGUUUUCAGCCACCCCCCUGUACGACACCUCCGUGGCCACCCUCUAUGUCAUCAACUCUCACCUGAGCAUGAACAUGAUGACCCACUCCGUGCCACGCAUCGGCUCCCAGGAGCCCGCCCCUGUGGGACCCACAUCGUUCGAAUUCCUGCUGCCCCCGGAUGUGCCCAUCACCAUCUCCCCCUCAGUGGGGACAGUGCUGCCAGGAAAGAAGUGCCUGGUGCAGGUGGCCUUUCAGCCCGUGCUACCCGAGGAGCUAGUGCGCCAGGAAGCCCUGCAGGCCCUGAGCAAGGAGCUGGAGGGCAGAUUGGCUUCUGGGGUCCGCAAGGACAUGGUCUCCCAGAAGAAGGAGCCAAGGAGGCAGUCCCUCCUCACCAUGAAGAUGCAGAACCGGGAAAGGCCAUUGCGGGUCUCCAUCUCCCCAAACCCAGAGCUGCAGAAGCAGGAGCUCAGGAUCAGUUGUGAAGAGUAUCAGGCUGCCCAGGCCACCCUGACCAGAAGUUUCGGAGGCAAGUUUGACAAGUUUGUGGUCCCCUGCGUCGUUGCCAGUGGGGACAUCAAGGACAGGAAGGAGGGGGAGACCCUGAGCUUCAGCCCCCACAACACUCUUUACCUGGAGCUGUGGUGUCCGACAGUGGCACCGGCCAUCAUUGUGAUAUCCGACAGAGGCAAGACCAUCUUCAACUUCGGAGAAGUGGCCGUCGGGCACCGAGGCAUGAAGAAGAUCUCCAUCCAGAACAUCUCCUCUGAGGACCUGACUGUGCAGUUCUCCCUGCUGAACCCUCUCGGCCCUUUCAUCAUACUGAACCCCUUCAGCAAGCUGCAUGCGGGCGAGAUCCAGGCGCUGGGGCUGUCCUUCUUGCCCGAAGAGAGCUCCGUGGCCCAGGAGACUCUGGACAUCAUCACCACCAAGGGCAAGCUCACCCUCACCCUCCUGGGCACCGGUGUCGCCUCCGUGAUUGUCUGCUCUAUUGAAGGGGACGUGCUCAACAUGGGCUACGUCAUAGCCAGGGAGUCUGUCUCCUCCACUUUCAAGCUGCAGAACUACUCCACGCUCCCCAUCAAGUUCUCCAUGAAGCUGGACAGCCUGUCCCCCAGGCGGAAUGAGGACCGGCAGCAGCUGCCCCAGUUCCUCCUCUCUGCUGUCCAGCGGACAGACGUGGUGGGCACACAGAACCUGAACGGACAGAGCGUGUUCAGCGUGAUACCGGUUGAAGGCGUCAUCGACCCCGGGAAGGCACAAGACUUCACCGUGACCUUCAGCCCGGACCACGAGAGCCUGUACUACUCGGACCGGCUCCAGGUGGUGCUCUUUAACAAGACCAUCUCCCAUCAGAUCCUCCUAAAGGGCGCAGCCCGCGAGCACAUGAUGUUUGUGGAGGGCGGGGACCCCCUGGAUGUGCCUGUGGAGUCCCUGGCUGUGAUUCCCGCCUUCGACCAGGAGCACCGAGAGGGCCCCCCUCCCUCCGCAGAGACGGAGGAGACGAGAGCCAUCCUGGUGACUUUGGAGUACCUGCAACUGGACACCCCCACACCAUCCCCUCCAGCCAGCCGCGAGCUGCAAGUGGGCUGUAUCCGCACCUCCCAGCUCUCUCAGAAGAAGAGCGUGGAGUUCAGCCUGGACAGCGUCCCAGCCCUGCAGCACAAGGGCUUCACCGUAGAACCCUCGAGGGGCUUCGUGGAGCGCGGGCAAACCAAGACCAUCACCAUCUCCUGGAUGCCUACUGCUGACUUCGAUCCUGACCAUCCACCUGUGGUGUCAGCUCUGCUGCUGCUCAGAGGGGAUGUGAAAGAAACCUACAAGGUCCUCUUGGUAGCCCAGGUCGUGACCAGCCCCUGAAACACAGGAGCUGCUCCUCAGACAGAGUCCCUCUCUCAGCCCUGCUCGCCUCCCUCGAAGCACUUUCCCUCGGCUGUGACCUUGGGCCAGGCGGGGCUCCUCAGAGGCUGACCACCCCCUGUUGAGCAGGUCCAAAUGGCCUGGAACACGUGGGACCCAGCAGGCAGGCCCAGAAGGGAGGCUGGCGGAGAGCUGGGCAGGGGGCUCCAAAGCCCAGAGAUUGCCGCCUGGACCUCAGGCUCCACUCAAGGUGUAGGACCCUUGGAUGCCCCUGGCAAAGGUCAGAAACACACCCUUGCUUAAGUCCUUAGCCCAGAGCCCAAAUGGGGCCUCAGCAAAGAGGCAGCACCUGGCUGGGGUCUCCACAAGGCUGGUGCACCCUGUCCAGGGGAGGAUGCUCCCUGGGGGUCAACAUGGUGCCCACACCCACCCCAUGAGCUCUGCUCUCUGGAGGCUGAGCCAUUGUGUCUGGUCCCCUGUGCCAGUCCCCACCUACCCACACUGCCACCAAGCCUGUACAGCCUUCCCUUCCCAGAAGGUGUGGAGGGGUUGGCAUCAGGACCUUCCCAGGGCACAAGUCUCAGAGACUCCAGUCCCCCCCCACCCCCCUACUCUCUGCUGUCCUGCUGCUAACUGCCCUGGGCCUCAGGUGCUUCUCCCGGUGCAGCCUCUGCUGUCCCACUUCGACCUCCCAGCUGCAACCACUUCCUCCUCCCUUCCCCCUGUGCUGGUUCCUGAAGCCCAAGCCCAGGGCAGGCAGAAGAGGGUAGGCCUGGAACUAGGUGGGCUGGGCUGGGCUCUUGGGGGCAGCAACAGGCCCUAGGGUGCAGCUCUGGACAGAGGCAAGGGGAAGCAGGAGCCUAGCAAGUAUCCACCCUUAAAGGGAGCAAAGCAGGAGGUCCCUUGGGGAGGCUGGUAGAGGAUACACAGGUGGGGUGUUCUACUGCCCACCUACCCCAGACGGGAUCGGCUCACCUGCUGCUCCAUACAGGCCCCACUUCCUUAGCCUGACCAGGAGGAGCCCAGGGAGCCUGGGAGAGCCUGGCCAGGCCUAGCAUGUGCAGGUGUGGGAAGAAAUGACCCCCACCCCCACCCCCAGGAGAAUGAAACAGAGGGUCUAGGCAGAGUGGAGCUUCAAGCGGCCACAAGCAGAGGCUGGCUCCUAGACCCCAGGGGUCGGAUCCUUCGCCGCCAGCUUCCCAGCGCUUGGGCAUGUCCUCCAGGCGAGGGCUCCACAGGCGCCAGGGGACCACUACAAGGGAGUCCUGCCUCCACUGUUAACCUCGAGUAGUUUGUGAUGAACGUGGCCAUACGCCUUGUUCCAUAUAUUUGUGCUCGCCACCACUCCGGGGGCGGCCUCGGGGGCGCCCGAGUCGCCUGAAGACGGACCUCUCUCGCCCAUCUGGCGGUGUGCCGGCCCUGCGACCCCCGAGGGAGGUCCGGCAGGUAGAAGGGCGGACUUAGGCUGCGAGCGAGCGGGGACAGACAGGAAUCUGGGGCGGGGCCUCUGAAGGUGGAACCUCCGAGGCACCGGCCUCUCAUGGGCGGAGCCUCCAGGUCCGAACAGAGUGA